CAUCACCACCCAGUCUCAGCCCUGAGUGAUAGCAGAGGGAGCGCACCUCUCAGCAGCCAGGCCUGUGGACCUCUGCGUCGGGUUGGGGAGAGCUGCUGCAGAGGCUGUUCUUCCCAGCUGUGGACUCCAGAAGGACCCCACACUCCCUGCUCCCUUCAGCUGUCCGCUGCGGUUCCCAGAGCACCGCAGCCAUGGGCAUCCGAGGCAUGCUGCGAGCAGCCGCACUCCUGCUGCUCAUCAGGACUUGGCUCGCAGAGAGCAAGGACCCCAGUCCAACCCCGAAAUUCCACUUCGAGCUCUCCCCCAGCAUGCCUGAAGUCAUCCUGGAUCUCUUCAACUGCAAAAGUUGUGCAAAUGAAGCUGUAGUUCAAAAGAUUUUGGACAGGGUGCUGUCAACAUAUGAUGUCCGACUGAGACCAAAUUUUGGAGGUGCCCCUGUGCCUGUGUCCGUAUCUAUCUAUGUCUCCAGUAUUGAACAGAUCUCAGAAAUAAAUAUGGACUAUACAAUCACCAUGUUUUUGCAUCAGACCUGGAAGGAUACACGCUUAGCAUACUAUGAAACUAACCUGAACCUGACUCUGGACUAUCGUAUGCAUGAGAAGCUGUGGGUCCCUGACUGCUACUUUGUGAAUAGCAAAAAUGCCUUUGUUCAUGAUGUAACUGUGGAGAACCGUGUGUUUCAGCUUCACCCAGAUGGGACAGUGCGAUACGGCAUCCGACUUACCACAACAGCAGCCUGUUCUCUGGAUCUGCAAAAGUUCCCUAUGGACAAGCAAGCCUGCAAGCUGGAGGUGGAGAGCUAUGGCUAUACCAUCGAAGACAUUGUAUUAUCCUGGGAAGAUGAGAAUGCCAUCCACAUUACUGAUGAGCUGCACAUCCCUCGAUUCACCUACUUGGGGAAGACAAUUACUAGCAAGGAGGUGUAUUUCUACACAGGCUCCUACAUGCGCCUGAUAGUGAAGUUCCAGGUUCAGAGGGAAGUUCACAGUUACCUUGUGCAGGUCUAUUGGCCCACAGUCCUCACCACCAUUCUCUCCUGGGUAUCAUUUUGGAUGAACUAUGAUUCUUCUGCAGCCAGGGUGACAAUUGGCCUAACCUCUAUUCUCGUCCUGACCACUAUCGACUCACAUAUGCGGGAUAAACUCCCCCGUAUUUCCUGUAUCAAAGCCAUUGACGUCUACAUCCUUGUGUGCCUGUUCUUCGUGUUCCUGUCCCUGCUGGAGUACAUCUACAUCAACUACCUUUUCUUCAGUCAAGAAUCUCGGCGCAAUCGCAGGAGAUGCAAGAAACCCAGGAGAGUUGUUGCCCGAUACCGCUACCAAGAAGUGGUAGUGGAAAAUGUGCAGGAUGGCCUGAUUAAUGUGGAAGACAGAAUGGAAGACAGAGUUGGGCCCCUUCCUGACAGCCCCAUGCAGGCUCAUCUGGCAAGCCCGGAAAGUCUUGGAUCCUUGGUGUUAACCUCAGAGCAAGCCCAGAUCGCUACCUCAGAAAGCCUCAGCCCACUCUCUUCUAACUCAAGCCAGGCCCAUUUGGUCGCUGGAGAAAACCUGAAUGGUCAGCCCUCCACCUCUCAGCAAACACUGCAUGACUAUACCAUUCACUUUCAUGGCUUCCUCACUAAUGACAGCAUUAUCCCCAUCAAAAUUCACAACCAUUCUGAGCUCCAUGGUGAUGAAGACUCCGAAGAGAGCCUAAAGUCUGAUGAGAGUCAUGGCCAUGACAGCAACCCCGGUGGAAGGUUCAUGCUCCACAGUGGCCAGAGGUGUGUGCAAGAAGCAAGUUGGGACCUUGAUAAGAUUGAGAGCUUACAGGAUGACAUCAGUAUCAAGAGCAGCUGGCUUGGCCUUGAUGAACUACACAAGGGGGAUGCUGACAGUAUCUGGAGCCUUACUGAUGAGGAGCUCAUGGCCUGUGACCAAGAGAAGGACAGUAGCUCAGAGUCUGAGGAGAGUUGCCCCCCAACCCCUGGGUGCUCUUUCAAUGAAGGGUUCUCUUUCCAGCUCUUUAACCCUGACUGGGUCCCUAAGGUUGAUAGGUGGUCCCGUUUCCUCUUCCCUCUUUCCUUUGGGUUGUUCAAUGUGGUUUACUGGUUGUACCACAUCUAUUAGUUUCCCAUACCCCACAGCAGCAGAGAGACUAUGAUGUGUUUCCUUCAUACAGUUUCUUUGGUUUUGUUUCUCCCUCUUCCCUUUUUUCGUUAUAUUUGGUAGUUGUUAGUGUACUCAAAUCAGUUGGGUCCUUUUCUUUAUUAUGAGGUGGGGAGGAGAUAGAGAGAACAUUUAGCCAGAGGGCAAGGGAUUGAGGAAGACUUGAAGAUAAAUUGCACAUCGAUUUCCUCCUGCUAGAAGAUUCUUACCUUUUAAACACUUUAAAAAGCCCAUCAGCCUAGAAAGGCCCUUGGAAGUGUUUAGAGGACAGAGAAGAGCCAGGAUGAGGAAUGAGGAGAAUCUGAGCCUGGGAGCUUUAAUUUUAGUCCCCUGAGUGUGUUGAAAUUGCUUUUGCAUCAUUUUUUCUUCUUCCUGGGUAUCAUGCACCUUGUUCACCUGUUAAAAAGGGCUUUGGGAGAAGUCAAGCCAAGCUGGCCCGGGGUAUACAGAGAAGUGGCUAAACAUGGCUUAGAUUUUCUGACAAGAGGAGAUCUGGGAACCAUUUGCAAGUGCCUUGUACUUUGAGUAUGGAGUUGUGGUACAGGAGUUGGAAGUGCAGGUGGGAGGGACUGCAAAGAGAUAUAGCAGGGUAAGUAAGAAUGCAUGCUUCCAACAGGGGUAUGGAGAACAUGGGUGGUGAUCAUGGGUGGUGAUGUCAGGCUGGAAUUUUUACAUGUUCAGCUGUUCCCUUUCAAGUUACUAGACCUCCUCUUGCCUGUAUUUCUGCUUCACAUUGCCUGACAGUAGGGACUUACUACUUCUGUUCAGUUAAGAGUUAGCUUUCUAACACUUGCUGAGUUGAUUACUAGUUACAAUAGAAGCACUUGGUGAAUAAGCAUUAGUUGAGAAAGAUCAGACUUGCUAUUUCAUGAUCAGUCUAGAAUAGCAUAUGGACAACUAUUGUGAAUCUAUAUACUAAUCCUUUCUGUUUGUCUAGUGCAUAGUAAGUGUCAACGAGCUCCCUGACCCAUCACAUCGUUGGAUCCUCACAGGAGCCCUGUGAGCCAGGGAAGACACAGCACCUUGUCCCCAGUGUUCCAAGGAAAAAGUGGAGCUUGUGUGCCAUGCUUAUGGAUGCUUGUUCUUUCUCCUUGUUUGCCCAACUGUCAACUGAUGCACUUCCCCUACUGCCCCUUUCCUUUGCUCAAAAGGACAUCCCUAAAGAAUCUACCUGUCAGGCUACCAAGCUCAUGGACAGCACCUAGAGCAGCUAUGUAGGAAGAGGCUACUGAGCAGCCACUGACCAUGAACUAAGCAAGUGGAGAAUAUGGCCCUGUCCUCUCAACAGGACUCCUCAUGAGAGUAGGAUGAGCCUGCACACCAACUUUCCAGGAAGUACCAGAUUAUUGAUGGAGGUCAUGAGAGAGCUUUUCCAAGCACUCAAUCUAUGUUCCCCCUUCUUUUAUAGGCAACCUCUCCUUCAGCCCUAUACCCCACUUCUUUAACUAUACUUCUGUGUUUGUAUGUUUCUAUGUAUCCCUGGGGAUGAGUGUGCAUGCAUCCAAGUUAGUCUAUGUGCCAUACAACCAUUUGAGAAGUUUAAUAGCACUACAGUACUGUAAAUCUAUGUUAGUAUGUAUGAAUGCAUAUCUACAUUGUGUGGAUGAAUAAUUUAUGUGUAUGCAGCUCUAUUAGAGUGUGAGUUGUGUACAUGUGUACUUAUAUUAGCACUGGUGAAUGCAUUCUGUGUACAUUUCUAGAAAGUGUAUGUCUGUAUACCUGUGUUUAUCAAAUUUAGUUGAUGUAAAAGGACAUACAUCAAAAACCACAUGUAUUCCCUGUUGGAGGUUCUUGUAGAAACAUCAGGACUCUGGUGACCUGUUUUGACACAGUGGCAAGAGUCUUGUUUAGAUUGACUGACUGUUUUCUUUCCAGUUCUAGGGAGCCAGGGAGCAGGGUCUAUUGGCUUCCAUCAACUCCUCACACUUCCUCUACCCAUCUCUGCUGUGUCCUGGACAGAAGACCCAGGGGAAGUGAACAUAGUACUAAGAAGUGGUAAUGUUAGUGCCUUGGAGCUACCGAAUAAUUGAGUAAUUGAUCCAUGGGAUAAACUGGGUGUGCUGAGCACUUUUUUGGUGCAGAAAAGUACCAAAAAUUUAACUGGGAAUAGAAAUAAUGUGUGGGCAAUGGUGUACACAUUCAGAGAAUUGAAGAAGAGGUUGUUUAUAAUUUUAAAAUUCAUUCCUUUACCCUACUCACUAUGUGAUCCUGACACAGAGGAGGAUUUGUUGCAGCUAUAGACAAGCAUGCAGUGAAAGGAUGUGCCCAUAAUGUUGGGUGCCAGCAACAGCAUUAUAAGAAUCAAAGGUUCCUGAGAUGGCUGUGGACAAGAACUGUGGUGGUAGGCCUAUUGGAGAAGUACAUUUGUAGCUCAUCCUAGGACAGCUGUUGGCUGCUUGAGUAAGCCCCAAACUCUACCCUCAAUUUGGAAUUUGAACAUUUAUGACUUUAACUCAAUUCAAGGAAAGAGUCAGAGAAGUAUAAGUGAAAAGGCCCAAGUACUGACUAGAUGGUCCCAGUGUAUUGUUCCUUCUCUUCUCCAUACAUAUAUGCAGUUCCAGACUCUUACACAUACACACCCAGCCACACAUACCUACACUAUCACAUAUGCAUACAUUCACAUCAGAAGCAUUCACACUUCUACUUAUGUUUAUAGGCAUAGCCAGACAUACGCACUCACAAACAGACACACACACACUCACACAUACUUAUAAGACAACUCAAAACAAGGAAGUUACUACUAAAAUGUGUAAGAUUGCCUCUUUUGUUUAGGAACCCAGAACAAAGGUGUCCAGAUUAAAGGGAGACCAGAAAGCUCUCAUCUGGAAUCUGAGCAUUCAUUGGCUGUGCUCAUGGAUUUGGAGCCCUACAAUCUUGAAGUAUUGAACACAUCGUUGGAGUAAAGUUACAAAGAGUAGUGGGAACAAAGGGACAGCAGAGGAAGGUCAGACAGGCCAGUUGUAAAUAUCCACAUAGCUAGAUGUAUAAUACCCUAAAGACUAUUUUGCCCUAUUGUGCUGCAAUGAGAGCAGUUAAACUCUACUGCAAUUCAUACUCUGUGAGGUUAAGUGUCAGAAGUGCUGUGGAGAUUUGGCAAUGACAACUUUUCAGAAACUUGAAUCUUCUGGUUUUCCCAUGGCUGCGGUCUUUCUUACUUGAAAGUUGCCAAGUCUCCCCUUGUGUUCUGUGUGUGGUGUGUCAUCCAUUGUCAAGCCUGAUUCCAGCUGUCCCCAGUCCCCCUCCAGUUAUGUAGGCAAAGCCUCUCUAUCUGGCUGCCUGUGUCUCCUUUACAAUGUCCCCCAACACCAAGUAGUUGUGGAAGUGCAGAGCAUCUGAACAGUGCUCCUGAGGUUCAGCUAGUCUAAGAGCUUGGACAGAAGGAAGAGCCUUACUGAAUCUGGGAUGGAGCAAACCCCCUUUACUACGCUAUCCUGUCUUGCCUUCCCCUUAUCUUUUAUCCUAGAAUCCCUAACUGAGCAGGAUACCAGCUGUAUGUCUUUCCACAGUGUCAUUUUAUUGAAGAAAUGUAUGAUGCAUUUCCUGCCCAGUUUUAUUUGCCCUGUGAGGUAUCUACAGAAAGAACAAUCUGUUGGGUCUUAAUGGAGUUCAUCAGAUGUAUUCUUACAAUUUGUAUCAUCCUUGUUAAUAUCAAGGCUGCAAGUUCUUAGCAUACUUAAAAGCAAGUUUUGCUGAGAUUGUGACCAUUCCUAAUGAGGGUUCCUUACUCUGUAUAUACAGCAGCUACACCUUCAAGCUAUUAACUACUGAAUGCAUUCACUAAGCACUCCAUUUGCAUGAUACCCUGUGGUUCCUAAAGCAGGGACUUUCUAGCUAUUCCACAACCCAACAUCCAAGGUAAUUAUAACUUCUUCUAGCAAAACUGUUUGUGUUUGCUGUAUAAUAUCCUGUGAUUAAUAUGAAAUCUACAUUAUCAGUGUUGGGCUUUCAAGAGAGGGAGAAUGAUGUUAAAGUAUCUAUCUGAUAUACUUAAAUAAUUAAAUAUGCCAACUUGUCAGGGUCAUCUAUGUGGAACUGGGUCAGAAUUUGCACUCACCAACAUGCCAGACUGUAUCCCUGGAAUCAGUAUUCAUCAGCAAAGGUAAAGGCACCAGAAUUUUACACAGUACUAUAGUAGAUGACUUUAGAUAAUACUAGAGGAUUCUUCCAGUGUCAACUAAGUCAAUAACAUUCUGCAAGCAGAUGAACUAUGGUAAAAUCACAUACAUACAGAUCUUCAGCAGUAGUAUUAGGCCAAGAGAGUGAAAAGCAAGAAAAUAGAAUGACCAAUAGCUGGGUCACCUGGGUGGUCUGACCUGCAAAAGUCACAAAGUAGCAGAGCCUCACUGGAUAACCCGGUGCCCACAUUGAACUCAUUAAUUGACAUUCUUGUGAGAAAAAGACCUUGACCAGUCCUGACUUAAAGAAAAUGAAACAUAAAGCAGAAAAUUAUACUUCUGUAAUGAAAAAUAUACAGAAAUAAAAACAUGUAAAUAGCAAAAUGCAAAAUAAAGAUCUAAAAUAACAAAUAA